GUGUAAUUGACAUAAACAAGUAGUUCUGUCCUGAAUACGGAAGAGAGUGCAGUGAAACGUAGGACAAUAACCGAAGGUGACACUGGCCUCUAAUUGGAUAAAAUGCGACUGUACAUCCUGCUAUCGUUGUUGGUGCAAUUGGCAUAUGCUUUUCGACGCCCGUUCCCGUUUCAGACCAGCCAGGUGCCAGAUACCAGCAAUGAAACAUCAGGAUGUUGCUUAUGUAGCUUCAGGGACACGUCUUACAUGGAAUCGAAAUGCGGCGUGAAGACUUCCUUUAUGAAUUUGGUUGAAAAAGUGAUCGCCUCUAGAUGCGAUAUUUCUGACCCUUGCAACAGGCUUGGUAAAGAGGAAGUGCCGAAUGAAUGGUUCGACUUCAUCGUGGUCGGAGCCGGAAUGGCCGGGCCUAUAAUUGCCAGGAGGCUGAGCGACAAUCCCUGGUGGAGAGUUCUGUUGAUCGAGGCUGGACCGGAAGAGCCGUCGAUGACGUCCAUUCCGGGACUCGCGUUUCACGCGGUCAACUCUAGCUUGGACUGGAAUUUCAAAACUGAACCCACGGAGCCUCAUCCAACUGCGUGUUUAGAGACCGGCGGAGUAUGCAUAUGGCCACGAGGAAAAAUGGUGUCUGGCACCAGCGGAAUGCACGGAAUGAUGUACGCCCGAGGUCAUCCGGAAGUCUACAACAGCUGGGCCAGAGGAGGAGCCAUAGGUUGGUCCUACGACGAGAUCGCGCACUACUUCGAGCGAGGAGAAAACCCCGCGGACCAUCUGAUGGUCUCGGACAAGCCUAGAACCGUCCCGAUACCUGGUCCGAUGAAGCUUCAGUAUUACCUUCACAAACCGGCGUUCGCCGACGAAGUCCUGAAAGCCGCGGCUGAGUUAGGCUACAGAACGUCCAAGUUGAGAGAGUACACUCAGACAGGUUUCAUGGUGGCUCCUAUGACCACUGAGAACGGCAUACGCGGCACAACCGCGAGGAAUUACCUGAGACCAGUUCACGGAAGGCACAAUUUGCGAGUCCUGAUCAACGCCCAGGUGACGAAGAUUCUGAUGAAUCACUGGCAGAGCAAAGCUUACGGCGUCGAGCUGAUAGACAAAGACGGGUACAAGAGGAUCGUGAAGGCUAACAAAGAGGUUAUUCUAACAGCAGGAGCAGUUGGAUCUCCUCAUAUUCUGUUGAACUCUGGAAUAGGACCCAAGGAACAUCUGACCAAAUUGGGCAUGCACGUGGUCAAAGACCUGCCGGUAGGAAAGAAUCUGCAUAAUCACGUGUCGGUGGCCGUUCACUUCAGUAUCAAGGACACUGCUUACGAAGCCAUGACCAUGGACAGCGUUAACGAAUACCUGGAGACGAGAAGUGGUCCUUUGACCAGCACUGGAUUAACCCAGGUCACCGCGUUCCUCGAAAGCAGCUACGCUGUCGCCGGAGUGCCUGAUAUUCAAGUGUUCUUCGAUGGAUUCUCGCCGAAGUGUCCAAGGACCGGGCUGGACUUCGAGUGUCUGAACGGUGCGCUUGCAUUGUGCUCCGACAGGAGACAAAUCGUGAUGAGACCUACCGCUGUCACGGUGGCCAGUAGAGGAUAUAUGAAACUGCGUUCCGGGGAUCCUGUCGUGCCGCCGCUGAUUUACCCGAAUUAUUUCGUCGAUACCAAGGAUUUGAAGGUGUUGGUCGAGGGUAUCAAGAAGGCCAUCGAGCUGACCAACACGCAGACUAUGAAGAACUGGGACCUUCGGUUGGAACCUGUCAUUCAUCCCCUUUGUACCAACUACCACUUCGCCAGUGACGCGUACUGGGAAUGCUACAUAAGAACAGCAACUGGACCAGAGAAUCACCAAUCGGGUACCUGCAAAAUGGGCGCGUACGACGACCCGACAGCCGUCGUGGAUCCGGAACUUCGAGUGCGUGGAGUGACGAACAUUCGAGUCGCGGACGCGUCCGUGUUCCCGAUCGUGCCAAACGGUAACCCCAUCGCCGCGAUCAUGAUGACCGCUGAAAAAGCGGCCGACAUGAUCAGGCACACGUGGAUGAAGAUGUGAAACACCGUUCACCGAUCACUGACGUACACUUCUUUAGAAUGUUCAAAUAAAGACUCUCUUCCUGUCGGCAUAAAACCUCCGCACAUCGUGUUUCUUUCACUCUCGUUUCACCUGUCGUAUGGUACCGCCACGAGUGAUUUAACUAUGUAAUUUCGAUUUGAUUAAAAUUAGAAACGAAGGUUGAAAGUAUUGUACGAGCAGUAGGUGGUUUCUUUGUGCAGAAAUAUGUAAGAAAUGUAGAAUGAGCAUUGUUCAUCCGAGGCUUAGCUUUUGAGGAAAUCAGAUUGGGAUUUAACCCUACUGCGUUCUUCGUUUUGACUGUACACUUAA